AUGUCGCUGGAUAGACGCGGUGAGAUAGCCACGCCCCCGAAUCGUUACGAUCUCACGUUGGGCUCGGACAAAUCCUCAUCGCUGUCACGCUCCGAAGCGGGCACCUAUGACAUCAUCCAGGCUGAGAUACAGCAUGCCAAGCGUCAGGAGCUGGCCACAGGCGUGGCUCUCGCCCACAAUGGACACAAUGGCAAUGCCAAUGGUAAUGGCCUGCCCAUCAGUUCCAAUAGCCAUGAUAUCGAGGCUGAGGUCAAGAAACGCAAAUGGCCCACCGAGCCAAGCUAUUUCCUGGCCAAGGAGCUGCUCAUGACGGAGCGCACCUACAAAAAGGAUCUGGAUGUGUUGAACAGCUCUUUGCGGCAGGUGCUCAGCCUGGAGGAUGUGGAGCAACUGCAGCCACUGUUCGAGCUGCUCGACUCGCUUGCCCAGCAUCACAAUCUCUUUCUGCGCGACAUCGAGCAUCGCAUGGUCCUGUGGGAGGGGCGUGGCAAUCAUGAGACCCAUCGCAUCGGCGACGUCAUGAUGAAGCACAUGGGUGCAUUGCCCAUAUACGAUGAGUAUGUGCAGACGCAUCUGGACAUCUUGCACUGCAUGAACGACAUGUACGAGUCGGACCAGCGCUUCCGGCAGCUGUACAAGGAGUUUGAGCAGCAGAAGAUCUGCUAUCUGCCCAUUGGUGAGCUGCUGCUGAAGCCGCUGAAUCGCCUGCUGCACUAUCAGUUGCUGCUGGAACGCCUCUGCGACUAUUAUGCCGAGGAGCAUACCGAUUAUGCCGACUGCCAGGCGGUCUAUCAUCUGCUCAUCCGGAGCACCAAACAGAUACGUGCCCAUCUGCCCGACUCGGCCAAUUUUGUGGAGCUGUGCGAGCUGCAACGCGACAUUAGCUUUGAGCAGCUAGUGCAGCCCCAUCGCCGGCUUAUCCGGCAGGGUUGCCUGCUGAAGCAUUCAAAGCGCGGCCUGCAGCAGCGCAUGUUCUUCCUCUUCUCGGACAUUUUGCUCUAUGGCUCCAAAUCGCCGCUCGAUCAAAGUUUCCGCAUACUCGGCCACGUGCCGGUCCGUUCGUUGCUCACCGAAAAUGCCGAGCACAACACUUUCUCCAUAUUUGGCGGCCAGUGCGCGAUUACAGUGAGUGCUGGCACCACCGCCGAGAAGACUCUCUGGCUGGCCGAGCUGUCCAAGGCGGCGGCCGAUAUCAAGAACAGGCCACCAAACAUGCAGCUGCAGCUGACCACGCUCAAGAAUUGCAGCUCCUCGGAGGAGGGUCUGGACAUGCUCGGCCUGAGCAACGGCACAAACAGCCUGAACAGCAGCACCGGCGGCGGCAACGGUCCAUUGACGCCGCAGCAGCUGCAGCUGCAGCAGCAGAACAAGACGCAACCGUCACGCAGCAAUACCGCACUACACGUCUGCUGGCAUCGUGGCGCCACCGUUGGUCUCGGCGAUCAUCUCAUUGCGGCAGAGCAUCAGCUGUCCGGCUAUCUGCUGCGUAAAUUCAAGAACAGCUCCGGCUGGCAAAAGCUUUGGGUGGUCUUUACCUCGUUCUGCUUGUAUUUCUAUAAAAGCUAUCAGGAUGAGUUCGCGCUGGCCAGCCUCCCGCUGCUGGGAUAUACGGUGGGUCCGCCCGGCCAUCAGGAUGCAGUGCAAAAGGAGUUUGUGUUCAAGCUAUCCUUCAAGAAUCACGUCUACUUCUUCAGAGCGGAGAGCGCGCACACCUACAACAGGUGGUUGGAAGUGCUGCGCAGCACCACCCAAACGCAGGACUUUAAGAACGUGCACAGCCAUGCGUCCAACAAUUAG